AUGGUAUCAAAUCCAUCACCGACCGCCGCAGAGGCGGGCGAAGAAGCACAGUCAUCAUCUCCAGCAACGGCGGAGAAGCAAUCACAGGGAACGCAAGCCAGAGACAGACAAACUCGGGAAAGCCGGUACGAUGAGAAGGAAUCCCAGAGUAAAGAAAGCCUAGGCGAAAAGGGGCCGCCGCGCAAGGGCAAGGGCAAAGGGUCCGAGGCCGUCGGGAGGCGCCCCGAACGCGAACCGGCCUUCCGGGACUACGUCCGCGUCUUCUCGUACGCGACCAAGUGGGAUAUCGUCAUCUACGUCUUCGCGUCCAUCGCGUCCAUCGGCGCCGGCACGACGCUGCCGCUGAUGAACAUCGUCUUCGGCAGCCUCGCCGGGCAGUUCACCGACUACUUCAUGGACCCGCCGCGCAUGACGCGCCCCGAGUUCGAGGACCUGCUCGACCAGCUAUCGCUCUACGUGCUCGGCCUGUUCCUCGGCCGCUUCCUCCUCAACUGCGUCAACAAGUUUUGCUUCCGCAUGAUCGGCAUCCGCCUCUCCUCCGCCGUCCGCCUGCACUACAUCCAGUCCCUCUUCGGCCAGUCCGUCCACGUGCUCGACUCCAUGGCCCCCGGCGCCGCCGCCAGCACCAUCACCGGCACCGCCAACGUGCUGCAGAUCGGCAUCUCGGAGAAGCUCGGCACCUUUAUGGAGUUCAACGGCACCAUCUGGUGCGCCAUCGCCGUCGCCUUCGUCUGGAGCUGGCGCCUGACCCUCGUCACCUUCUCCAUCGUCGUCUUCAUCCUCAUCGUCGUCAGCGUCUUCAUGCCCUUCAUCGUCCGCCUGCAGGACCAGCAGGCCAAGUCCGAGGCCAGGGCCAACGGCGUCGCCAGCGAGUCCUUCAGCAGCAUCCGCAUGCUGACCGCCUGCGGCGCCCAGGACAGCAUGGUCGCCCGCUACUCCCGCUGGGUCGACGACGCCCGCGCCAAGGGCCAGCGAACGGCGCCCCUCCUCGCCCUGCAGUUCGGCCUCGUCUUCUUCGGCACCUACGCCGUCUUCGGCCUCAGCUUCUGGUUCGGCACCAAGGAGUUUGCCGACGGCAACAUGACCAACCCGGGCACCAUCAUGGUCGUCCUCCUGUCAGUCAUGAUGAUCAUCAUGUCCGUCGAGCGCAUCGCGAACCCGCUCAUGGCCGUCUCGCGGGCCAUGGUCGCCGCCUGCGAGUUCUUUGCCGUCAUCGAUGCGCCCCGGCCCGAUACUGGCCACCUGAGAGACCCAGACGUGGCCGCGACGGACGACAUUGUCUUCAAGGACGUCGUCUUUGCGUACCCGAGCCGGCCACAUGUCAAGAUCCUCGAUGGCCUGAACCUCACCAUCGAGGCCGGCAAGAACACGGCCAUCGUCGGUCCCUCCGGGUCCGGCAAGAGCACCAUCGUCGGUCUCGUCGAGAGGUGGUAUGACCUCCGCGAGCAUCACGUCAUCGAAAAGACGCUCGGCGUGGAGAAGUUGAACGGGGCUCAAGAGGAGAAGAAGAGGGAGACCAAGAACAAGAACAAAAGCAAAAGCAAUAAGAAAGACAGGUCAAGAAGAAAAACCGAGCAGCAGCUGGGCGGCGUGAUGGAGCCCAUCGCCGCCGCCGCUGCCAACGAAGAAGAGAGCCAGCCCGUCGUCCCUCUUUCGGGGAGCAUAACGACGGGAGGACAAGCCCUGACCGACAUCGACCUCAAGUGGUGGCGCUCUCAGAUCGGGCUCGUCCAGCAGGAGCCGUUCCUCUUCAACGACACAAUCUUCCGAAACGUCGCGUACGGGCUCAUCGGCUCGGAAUGGGAAGACGCCCCAGAGGCGGAGAAGCGGGAGCUCGUCAAGGAGGCCUGCCAUGAGGCCUUCGCCGACGAGUUCAUCGACCGCCUCCCAGACGGCUACGACACGGCCGUCGGCGACGGCGGCGCCAAGCUCUCGGGCGGCCAACGGCAGCGCAUCGCCAUCGCCCGGAGCAUCGUCCGGAAGCCCAAGAUCGUCAUCCUCGAUGAGGCCACCAGCGCCAUCGACGUCCGCGGCGAGAAGAUCGUCCAGGCCGCCCUCGACCGCGUCGCCAAGAACCGCACCACCAUCACCAUCGCCCACCGCCUGUCGACCAUCAGGAAGGCCGACCGCAUCGUCGUUCUGCGCAAGGGGCAGGUCGUCGAGUCCGGCACCCAUGAGGCCCUGCUGCAGAACGAGUCCGGCGCGUAUCACGGCCUCGUCCUCGCGCAGAAGCUGUCGCUUGGCGAGCCCGCCGACGCCGACGUGACCAGCGGCGACGACGCCUCGGAUCAUGAGUUGCUGGUCUUGGAGAAGACAAAGAGCGUCGCCGCCGGCCUGCCGGAGGACGACGAAGACGACGAGCAGAUCCAGCAGGCCGCCCCCAAGGGGCCCAACAUCUUUAGCAGCUUCUUCAAGCUCUUGGCCGAGCAGAAGAACCGCUGGAUCUACGUGGCGAUCGCCUUUUUCGCCGCCUGCUCCGCCGCCAGCACGCCGCUGAUGGCCUGGCUCUUCGCCCAGGUCUUCCAGGUCUUCACCUUUGUCGACAUGGACACGAUCCGGUCGGAGGGUCAGUUCUGGUCGCUGAUGUGGGUUGUCCUCGCCGUCGGCGUCGGCGUCGGCUACUUCUUCCAGGGCGCCAUCGCCGUCCACUUGCAGCACAACAUCAGCGCCCUCUACAAGAAGGAGUACUUCGAGUCCAUCCUCCGUCAGAACACCGUCUUCUUCGACGACGACGCCAACUCGCACGGGACCCUCGUCGCGCGCGUCGCCGGCGAUCCAAAGCAGCUCGAGGAGCUUCUAGGGCUAAACAUGUCCUUCCUCCUCAUGUCUGUGUUCAACGUUGCGGGAGCCCUCGCCAUUGCCUACGUCUUUGGCUGGAAACUGGCUCUGGUUGCCACCUUCGUCACGAUGCCUGUCGGCUUAUUUGCUGGGUACUGGAAGUUCAAGUAUGAGCUCGAGUUUGAGAAGAUGAACGCCGCCGUCUUCGCCGAGAGCUCCCAGUUCGCCGCCGAGGCCAUCGGCGCGUUCCGCACCGUCUCGUCCCUCACAAUGGAGAGCGUCGUCCACACGCGUUACGACAAGCUGUUGCGGAACCACGUGGUCGAGGCUUACAAGAAAGCACGCUGGACGAGCGUCCUCUUUGGCUUCGCCGACAGCGUCAAUAUUGGCUGCCAGGGCCUCAUCUUCUGGUAUGGCGGCCGUCUCCUCGCCAGCCGUGAGUAUGGCAUCAUCGACUUCUUCGUCUGCUUCAUGGCCGUCAUGCAGGGCGCCGAGGCAGCAGGACAGGGCCUCAGCUACGGCCCCAAUGCCGCGCAGGCCUCGGCCGCCGCGAAUCGCAUCAUGAGUCUGCGCAACCCAAACAGACAACAGAGCGAGGCCGCGACGGGGCAGAUCCCUGACACGGACGGCGGCGUGAAGAUCGAGCUGAAGAACGCCCACUUCCGCUACCCCACGCGCGACACGCCCGUCUUCACAGGCAUCGACUUGACCAUCAACAAGGGACAGUUCGCCGCCCUCGUCGGUCCCUCGGGGUGUGGAAAAACAUCCGUCAUCUCGCUCCUGGAACGCUUCUAUAGCCUGGACAAAGGCGACAUUCUCUGCAACGGCAAGAGCAUCUACAGCCUCGACGCCGACCAGUAUCGCAAGAACCUGUCGCUAGUUGCUCAGGAGCCUUGCAUGUUCCAAGGAACGAUCCGUGAGAAUAUCUGCCUCGGCGUCGAUGCAGAUGCCGUCUCGGACGAGCGCAUCCACCAGGUCUGCCGCGACGCCUCCAUUCACGACUUCAUCGUGUCCCUGCCGGAGGGGUACAACACGGAUAUCGGAUCCAAAGGCUUUUCGUUGUCCGGCGGCCAGAAGCAGCGCAUCUCCAUCGCGCGCGCUCUGAUCCGCGACCCCAAGAUCCUUCUGCUCGACGAGGCGACGUCGUCACUCGACUCGGAAUCAGAAAAACUGGUGCAGGCGGCCUUUGAGCGCGCCAGCAAGGGCCGGACCAUGAUCUGCGUCGCCCAUCGGCUGGCAACGGUCCAAAACGCCGAUGUCAUCUUCGUCUUCGGCGAGGGCAAGGUGUUGGAGAAGGGCACCCAUAAUGAGUUGUUGAAGAUGCAAGGCGUGUACUGGCAGAUGUGUGAAAGUCAGGCCCUCGACAAGUAG